GAUGACUGGCUGAUAGCGCACAGACCAGUCCCACACAAGUCUACCAAAAACGGCAACGACCGAUCGCGUCGAGCAGGGGUUGGCAGCUUGGUGAGCUUAGCCUGCUUUACAGUGGGGCACCGCUCCCGCAACCGGGCAGGGGAUUCGGUUUUUGGAAAACAGCCCCUAUCGCGUCUGACAGAUCUCACUGGCUGACGGGCGGAUGGGACACUCACGAAUGCCAACAGCAUGAUUGGAUCAGCAACAGUCGCAGCAGCUUCGCCACGAAUCAAGCACUCAUCAGAGUAGAAUUAAAACCUGCACGAACCUGUAGGAAACAAGAGCGAGAGUGGUGGGGAAGAUAGUGAACACAGCUGUCCAUGGCCUGCCCCUGGUGCCCUGGGCGUGGACAGUGUCAGAAGAAUUUUCUCGGGCCUCCAUGAUUGGAUCUGGGGCCUGGGGACCCCGGCAAGGUGUCGGCGCUAGGAACCACUUGGCCGCCGAUUGGAGGGGCCUAGACCUCUCUCUUGCUCUCUCUCUCUCUCUCCUACCUGACCUCGUGAUACUGCUACUCGUGUAUCCUCCUCUUCUCUCUUCCACUUUUUCCUUCGUCUCGAGACCUCACCUCCUGCUCGUCUCGUCUUGUCUCGUCACACUCGCUUUUUUGCUCGAGAGAUACAUCCCAGUGGGGACUGGGGUCAGGCGUUGUCGCCCAACGGCACUUUUCCAGACUACGCCACACCGACUCGUCAGCCAGCUCACGACUCCAAGUACUGUUGUCUGGUCGCGCUCGCUAUUUUCCCACGUCGUACCACCGGGAAACCACGAUUCAUUCACGGAAUUGACGAGUAGCUUUACUUUCGCUUGA